GCCGAGGCCGCCGGUUCCGAGGAUCCCGCGGGAGCAGGGACGGGCGCCGGGAGCGCUCUGCUCCUCACCGCAGCGGGACUGCGGGGAGCAGGUGCUGUGAGACCCGCGGAUGUCCGGUGCGGCUGCCGCCGGCUGUGAGCGGCAGCGCUGGGGAACGCCGUGCCCGGGAGCUCGCUGCUGCUCGGGAAGAGCCUGGCUGUCUCAUGCCGCCACCGGCGUUUCGCUUCUGUCACAGCAGCCGGCUGCGCUCCUGCCGCAUUCAGCAUUAGCAGAGCAGGCAUUCCUUCCAUCCGCUGUGCAGUUAUUAAAAACAUGGUGCUCCACUCAUUAAAAAACUGCCUUUGGCUGUCCUGCGGCCUCAGGACUCCAAAAGCUUGCUUCUGGAGCACAGCUGGUGGAGCCCUCGUUAUCCAGUCUGUUUCUAAUGAUGUUUACCAAAAUCUAGCUGUGGAAGAUUGGAUCCAUGACCACAUGGAUUUAGAGAAGCAACAGGUCCUUUUCCUUUGGAGAAAUUCCCCUGCUGUGGUAAUAGGGAGACAUCAGAAUCCCUGGCAGGAAUGCAACCUCAGGCUACUGAGGCAAAAAAAUAUAAAACUAGCCAGGAGAAGAAGUGGAGGAGGGACAGUUUACCAUGACUUAGGUAAUAUCAAUUUGACUUUCUUCACAACCAGAAAAAAAUAUGAACGAAUGGAAAACCUGAAGCUCGUUGUGAAGGCACUGAAAGCCUUGCGACCCCAGUUAGAUGUACAUGUCACUGACAGAUACGACAUCUUGCUAGACAGGCAAUACAAAAUCUCAGGCACUGCUGCAAAGCUGGGAAGGACAAGUGCUUAUCACCACUGUACCUUACUCUGUAAUGCAGACAAGUUUGUUUUAUCUUCUGUGCUAAAAAGUCCUUUUAAAGGGCUAAAGAGCAAUGCCACUCCUAGCGUGCCUGCCUUGGUGAAAAAUCUCUUUGAAGAGGAUCCUAGUUUAACUUCUGAGAUGCUCCUGGAUGCCAUUGCUAAAGAAUAUGCUGUGCAACACCAGAUAGAUCACCAUAUCACCUUAAUAAAUCCAACUGAUGAGACUCUGCUUCCUGGAAUUAGUAACAAAACUAAAGAACUACAAACCUGGGAAUGGGUGUAUGGAAAGACACCAAAGUUCAGCAUUAGCACAUGUCUUAACAUGACCUAUAAAGAUUCUGUUCUUGACAUUAAAGUAAAUAUGGAUGUAAAGCACGGAAGAAUUGAAGUAUGUAACAUUGAUCUGCCAGAGAAGUGGCUGCCACCAGAACUGUACAGUGAACUGGUCAAGAGUCUUAUUGGCAGUAAGUUUUGCCCAAAUGAAACCACGACACUUGUUACAACAUUGCUAAGAGUGUGUCCACAAGAUGAUGAGCUGCACAGCAGGUGGAGUUUACUAUGUGAGAAUAUGAUAAGGUUAAUGUGACUUGCAUUUUGAAAGUGUAAGUUAAACUUCUGCUGCUUUUUUACUUAAUGUAUCAAAACCAAAAUUAAAACAAUCACUACUAAGAGAAAAAAUCAGCUUGUAGAAAACAAACUGUUCAAUCUUGUGCUUGCAUUUAAUGUUACAAUUAAAUUUCACCCUACCUGCACCUGAUAUUCCCGAACUGUAGGAUUGAAACCGCUGCUGACAAGACAUCAUUGCUGCUUGAACCAGGGAAAAUGGUGGGGACAUCCCAAAUUGGCCCUGUAGCAGAGAAGGUGCAAAUGGCUGACACAGAUGGAAUGGGGUAGGUGUAAAAGUGGCGUUGUGCUGCUGCACUGGAUGCCCCAGCCUGCAUCGUGCUCCUUGUGGAUUGAGCCCAAACUGAGCUGUGUGGGAAGGUCCACCCUGGGUUAGGGCUUUUGUCCAUGCAUGUGCCAGAGCAGGGGAAGAUUAGGAAAUUCAGUGUGGGGGUUUACUGGGACAGAGGCCACAUGUGUCUCCUUCUGACUGUCUUGUGCCUGGCACAAAGCUGGGAGUCCCUGCUGCCAUGGGUACUGGUAUCAAAGCUAAACAGUUGGAAAUGCAAAUACAGAACAAGGAGAGAUUCCUUAUGUUCCCAUCUAGCAGAUUUUCCCCUAGAAGGCAGCAAUGAACUGAAAGUGAUAGAUUGUUACAUAAUAGUUAUAUAUAUAGUAAAAUUAUUAAAGAAAGGCUCAAGAUGUAUUUCACUGUUGUUGAAGAAAAAGGGUAAUGCAAUUUUGAUUAGGUCAGAACAGUAGCUGAAAGGAGGCUGUGGCCAGGUGAGGUUCAGGCUCUUCUCCCAGGCAACCAGCAACAGGGCAAGAAGACACAGCCUCAAGCUGCACCAGGGGAAGUUUAGGCUGGGCAUUAGGAAAUAAUUGUUCAUAGAAAGAGUGAUUGGGCAUUGGAAUGCUUGCCCAGGGAGGUGGUGGAAUCACCGUCCUUGGAGGUGCUUUAGAAGACUGGAUGUGGCACUCAGUGCCAUGCUCUAUUUGACAGGGUGAUCUCAAAGUUCUUCUCCAGCCUAGUUAAUUCUCUAUGUUUGAAACUGAUGGACUAGGUUAAAAGACUUAAAGCUUCACAUUUGGGAAAUUACUAUAUUUACGGUGAGCCUUCUCCAGAGCUUGGCUGGAUCUAUGAGGCAUUAUUAUGAAUUUCCUGAUGUUGUGAAGAAAUCAAACAGAUGACUUAAGCUACAAAUGAUAAAAAAUAACCUUUAUUCCCAUUAAAAAUAAGCAUAUAUUAUACACAACUGAAUGAAAUUCACAAGUGACUAGGAACUUCCUAUCACAGCAGCAAACCAGGGUGCUCCUAUGGAAUGUUUAGGGGAAUGAUUAAUAGCACACAGCUCUGUGGCACAUAUUAUUCAUUCUGCUGAUGCAACACUGCAAAGCUGAAACAUUAUUAUGAGAAAGGAUAAAGAAGGCAGACUACUGGCUAAUUAUGACCCAGAAAAUAAGGCAAAGACCAGCUCCAUUUCUUACUGGUUGCUGUGGAAUAGAUUGUUUGUUACAAGCAAGAGGAAAAGAAUAGCAGCAUUAGAUAACAGAAGAUGAAAUAAUAAAGUACAUUAAGGGAAAAAAAAGAUAACAGAAUACACCAACCAUCAGGAAAAAUAAAUAUAGGAAACAAAAAAAGUUCUAGCAAUAAAUAAGCUACGAGACUAUAGAGGCCUAUUGUAUUACAAGGCAGAAAGUGUAAGGCACUUGUCAGUCCUGAGGAUGAAAAGUUUUUGAUGGGACCUGAAAAAGAGGACACUGGCCUGUUUUUUAUCUCAGACUGUAUGACUUGGGCAGAAAAAGCAGCACUUCUAGUAAUACCUUCUAGCUUCCAAAGGCUGAAGGAAUGACAAGGGAAGACUGUCUUUAUUCUAAAUAGCAUAUUGCUUAGAAUCGCAGAAUAUUUUAAGUUAAGGGACUUUUUAUAUUUUGAGGAACCCACAAGGAUCAAGUUCAGCUCUUAACUGAAUGACCCUUACAGGCAUAAAACACAUGACCUUGGCAUUAUUCACACCAUGCUCUGACCCACUGAGAUACUCAGGGUACCCAACUUCUGAAAAAACUUCAAUUUAUUCUUUUUAGGGGACUACCUUAGUAGUAGCAAAAUAGCUUACUGCAGUUGAGAGUGGCAUGAAAAGCCAGUCAUUAGACUCUAAAGUCAGACAGUAAGACCAGGAGAGGAUCACAUCCUUGCCACACUUAAUGCAAAAGAUGGUAUGAGGUAUAUGGUCAUGAAUCAUGGAAUAAAAGAAUACACAGGAGUGUCAGGGAAGAGAUUACAGCUGUUUGCAGCCUUCCCAGUCCAAAAUCCAUUAUGCAGAGACACAUAAGACAACCCUAAAAUGAUUGUGUACUGAACACUACCACAAUUAUAGGCAAAGAGGUUGGAAAGUGGAAUGUGAAAUUUGGGAUUACUAGUAAAGUCUGGGAAAUAAAGUAUUACAGGAUUGACAAAAUCCCAGCAAAACAGUAGUCAUGACUAGAAUACAGGAAUUAAAGGAAAUAAAUAAGACUGCUUAUAAAAGAGGACAUGUGGUAGCCCAGCUUCCAAUGAUUGUGAGAUGGUCAGUUAAAGAUAUAAAAUCCAAAACAGGCUCAAGACAAAAUCAACAGUAAAAAUAGAAAUGGCAUUAAAGAGGCUUUUGAAAGACAUUACUGAGGGUCUGUUAUCAAAUCAAGAUAAAAUUUAGAUAUGGAUUGUAUUAAGAUUACAAAAGAAGUACAAUGAAGGAAUCAUGCGGUUUUGAUUUCUCAGACUGGAAAGCCUCAAAUAUUCUAAAACAUAUAGAUUAUAAAAGCUGUGUUGCACUAAGUACUUAGAAGAGUUGCUUCUGUGGGCAACCAGCUGGACUCAAGCAAUAUCUUUCAGUCUUACAUUUUUAUGUUUAUGAAAACACUUAUUAAAAGCAGUAAUUUCUGA